AUGAAUGUACUCGCCCGUAAGAAUGCGGAGGGAUGGAGGACGGAGUCUGAUCGUCUGGAUUGGCGGACAUCGGUCUGGACAGUCAUUCAAACCUACAGCAAACCACUCGUCGAGUUGAAUUAUCUGCUCAAACGGGAUGACCUGAGCGCCAUCGACCGGGCAGUCGAAGUGCGCGGCUUGACCUACGGCAUGAUCCUGCCCUACGUCGAUUUCUCUUCCUGGAAUGUCAGUGAUCCGGCUUGGGCCGAGCGAAACGUCAAGAAAUGUGCGAAAGGUUUUACUUCAGGGACUUAUCGUGCCUCAGACCUCACUGAGUCCAUAGAAGUCAUCAUUGGUGCUAUCGAGGGAACUCUGGAUCGAUUGUGCAGCACGAUCUUCAGCAUCUUUUCCCAAACCAUUGAAUUGGAUAUUCCUAUCGCUUCACUCAUCAGUCCCGAUGCAAGAUUGGAGAGCGAAGCCGCCUUGAGGGCCUCGGAAUGGAGACAACAAACCGAGGAGUUGAUGAAGUGGUUGGGCUGGUCAACUUGGGGACACUGUGAUCCUCCCUGCAAACCCGAUGAAAUGUGUCUCCCUCCAUUAUGGCCUCCCUCAUGGAUGAAAGGACUUCCUAAUUUCGAUAUUCAACUGCCGGUCUGCAGCAAUGGCUCCUGGUUUCCUGGUAAAAUUCCUGAAUCUUCAAAUCAUAAGAACCGAUCCCCUAACAAGUAA